AAUUUAUCUUCCAUAAAAUGUAUAUAUACCAUACUGUGUUUUAUUUAUUCAUAUUACCUUGUUUUAUAUUCAUGUGUUAACUUGUUGAUUCUCUUCUGGGUAUGUAUAUACAGAUUUUAAAUUUAACAAUUAACAUCUCCACCUGCUGCUUAUACAUCAAAGAGUAUUAACUUUGUUUCAGACUUGUGAGCAAUGUUUUAUUAAAAAAAAUGUUAAAACUGACCAACAAUGGAUAAUCUUCCAACAAAAUUUGUUAGCCAACCAUCCAAUUCUUUGGUAUGUCCACUCUGCUAUAAGUUAUUUAGUGAUCCUGUGAUAUCUACCCACUGUGGGCAUACGUUCUGUCGAAGUUGUGUGGAAAAUCAACUAAAAACAAAAAGUCAGUUUGAUUGUCCUACUGAUAAAGUUACUAUUCAAAAAAACGGCAUAGUUUCAAAUCGAGCUGUACAUGGUCAGCUAGAGGAUUUGUUGAUUUACUGCCGACAUGGCUUGUAUCGUGUUGAUUCUGAGGAUGAUUUCCAAAUAGAUCAAGAUGGAUGUAAAGAGUUUAUUUCCUUGGGGCGUAGAAAUGAACAUGAGGAUGUUUGUUUGGAUGCAUGGAUCCCGUGUCCAAAUAGUUCUAAUCAUUGUGGAAAGUUUCGAAAACGCAAUUUUGAGGAGCAUUUAUCUUUGUGUCCGUACACACCUUGUGCUAACGCUAACAUAGGGUGUGCAUUUCAUGGAACUCAUCAAGAAUUGAAGUUGCACAGCUGCAAGUACUCUGCUAAUGUUGACUGGGACCAAUUAGCAAAUAUGGAUCUUGAGAAUUCCAUGGAUGGUUUGCAAGCUAAAUGUCUUGUUAAAGCUGUGAGAAAUUUGAAUGAACGAGUUACAUCUUUAGAAAAGGGCAAGGAAGAAGUUCUGUCAUCAGUGGAAAAAUGUAAUAGCAAUGUUAUUAACUUGUCCAUCAAAGUCGAGAAGCUUGCACACAUCGUAGAACAAAUGUGUAUUUCACAAAAUAAUUUGAUGCGUAGCCAAAUGGCUUCUCAAUCAGCAUCGGAUGUUGCUUUCUUUCCUGAUUAUCGUCGAACUGUAUCAACUAUUGGUUUGAACACAUCUGGGUCUUUACGAACUCGUUCCUCUUCAGGUGGUGCUGGUGGGCAUUCAUUUAGGUUCUCUGAAAGAAAAUACGAAACAUGGAAAAUGCCACUGUCUUUUAAAUGUGUUGGAACUUUCAGAGGUCAUAAUGGUGUGAUUCGUGCAUUGGCAUCUAAGGGGCCUUACAUCUUCAGUGGUGGCUCCGAUCAUUGCAUCAAAGUUUGGGAUAUAAAAGAUAAAGACUUGAAGAAUUCAACUGGUUGCAUUGCAACUUUAACUGAACAUUCUGGUGAUGUUCAUGCUUUGUGCACAUGUGGCAGAUUUUUAUACAGUGCUGGCACUGAUAAAUCAAUCAAAGUUUGGAAUAUUGACAAUUUGCAGUUUCAUAUAUCAAGAGAGGAUGCUCAUUCAGAUGUGAUAGGGGCACUCAUCUCAACAGGAAAAUACAUAUUUAGUGGUUCCUACUCGUCAAUAAAAGUGUGGAGAGUUUUGACACUAGAAUUGUUGCAUACCAUCUCAGAUAUCCAUCAUUGGGUUCGAGCAUUUGCCAUUGAUCCAAAAAAGAAGAUAGUGUACAGUGGUUCACACAACACCAUUCAUAUAUGGGCUGCAGAUGAACCUUUUGCGUCGAAGGGAAAUUUACCUCAUUCACAUGGUUCUGUGUAUUCUUUAGCUGUGACUAAUAAAUUUUUGAUAUUAGGUACGUAUAAUCAAAAUACGCAUUUGUAUGACGUCAGCACGCAUCAAUACGUUAAACUUUUAAACGGCCAUCUUGGAAUUAUUAACGAUCUCGUGACAUCACCAAGUGGAAAUUUUUUGUUUACAGCAUCUUAUGACCACACUAUUCAGUUGUGGGACAUGAUCAAACAACUUCCAGUUCAAGUUUUGAGUCGACAUGAGGGUAGUGUGAAUUGUAUGACUUUACGUGGAGAUAUGCUGUUCACUGGAUCUGAAGACAAAGAGAUUAAAGUUUACGUGUUUUUCCAAGGACUCGCUUCAAAAAAUUUAAUGGUGGCGUAAAGUUCGCAAGAACAUAACUCAAGCGGCGUCUCACUUUUAGUGUUUUGAACACAAUCACAUGUUGAUGAACGGAAAUGGGUUUGUUUUUAAACGUUUCUGCAUAAUAUCAAGUUGCAAAGAAAAAAACUCGAUUGCCCGUCAAGGAAACAAAUCAACUUGGUCACCACUACUUUUUGAUACUACUUGGGUUCAAUUUAAAUACCCGCCCUGGCAUAAAUCUUAUUCUCCAAUAAACGCCAACGUCGCCCAGCGUUUAAAUCCACUCCAAAUUAAAAUACACAUGCUGCUUUUAAAUAGGGACAAUAGAUUUUACACGAUAUACAAUGCAUUUGUGGAAAUUGUAGUGUUAACCUUCCAGAUGCUAAGGUCUCAGUUCUGUGAGCCAUUGCAUCACAUUUUCCGGUCCUAUCGUUGCACAGGGUCAUUGGUCUGGCUAUCUACAAAUUUUCUCGCGUCUAACGAAAUCAAAAAAACAGUUGUUUUCUGUGGGAACAUUACAGUGUGUAUUGUAUUUUUAUUUUCUUGUAUUUCGCAAGAAGCCUCACUGUUUAUACAUCUGAAGCUUUGUUUGUAGUACUAUUUUAUUCAAAAUCAUUGUUAAUUAAUAACUUUAUUUAAGCAUGUGUUUAUUUUGAAUUUAUGUUUUAUACGAAUCCAAUUCAAAAUGUUGGAGUUUUUAUUU